UUUUGCUCAUACAUUUCAGAAAUUAAACCAGGUGUUCAACUGUGUUCCUGUUUUUCCAUCCACAACAAUGCACAAGAACUUGUUAUGUGCUGCUACAUCCUCAGCAGCUUUAAUUUCCAAUGCCUUGGGCUCAGCCAGCUACAAAACUCUCCUGCAAGGUAUGAGUGCCUUGUCACUACAACAGACGCGUGGUCUGCGUGAUGACCUCAAGGCACGCGGAAUUGAGUGGCGAGAGCCCAAAAAGUACAAGAAAUAUCACCCUGAGAUUAGUGGCGACUUGGAAGCCUUCAAAGCUGCAGAUAUUUCUGGACCCACUCAUAAAAUGACUUAUGCUCAUGCAGAGUUUGAACAGUCAUCGCCUGAGGUUCAGAGACUCCUCUCCUUAGAAUUUGCACACAAUAAUGAACUCAUUAAAAUGAGCAAGUUGGACAUUCUUCGGGAGACGCAACGACAUCAGUAUGACAGUGGAUCACUCGCGGCCAAAAUUACCAACCUGACUGUGAGCAUCAGGUACCACCAGACAGAGAAAGGAUAUGAGAAACUUUUGCGAUAUUCUGAAAGGCGCGUUCACCUUGAGCAUCUCGUGGACAGACGAAAGAAAUAUCUUGUGCGUCUGCGCCGAAUUGACUACAAGAGAUUUGAAUGGCUGCUUGAGAAACUAAAUCUACUCUACAAGCCUCGUGUCUUGAAAGGUGGCCCAAUCUAUCGUUAUGACUCCCUACGCAAGUUGGUUAGCAUGCGAUGCGAGAAACUGCGUAAGGCAAAGCUGGCUGCUUAUAAAGCAAAGCUUGAUGCCCAAAAAGAGUCCUUUGAAGCUGAAAAGAAGUCAACGUUGGAAUGGAUCAAAGAAACUGAAGAAAAACUUGGCAUUCCAGUAACUGUAGAUCCAGAGACCGGCAUGAUUGAAGCUCCAUUACCGCCUAGAGUCACUAUUGCAAAGAGAAUAUUCGGUCCAUACUUGGUAAAUAAAGAAUAAUUUGUUCAAAGAUUACAAUACUUUGUGGGCACAUACCGGUAUUCCCAAUUUUAAACUAAAGUGAUUUUUCUCAAACUAUUUACGUUCAUGUAAAUAUACUAGAUGAACAAGCUAACUUCGAAAAAUGUCAUGAAUCAUUGGGGCAGCACGGAUAUUAUAACGGUGCAUGAAUUUAUUGAUGCACUAUCUAUUUUCUCUGUGGUAUAGACUGGUGUGAACAAUGUUCGUUCACAAUGCAGCAUACGCCCGCCGAUUUGUUGAUAGUUUCAGUAAUGGAAACUCGUGUAUGAUUGGGAAUGAUAUCGGAGUCCAAAUGGCAUUGGUUCAGUCGUUCAGCAUUGAUUUAUCAC